UUACAUUAUACCUUAUCGAUGAAUUUCUCACAUCGGGGCGCAUUACUCUGCCGAAGGGAAAAUGAAGGCGCAGAAUCGAAUCCCAAUCCCAACUUUACAAUAAUCCAGGCGCCUUUUAAUCUUUCGAGUACUACAGCCCUUUCAGCUCGAUCUCCGCUUAGAUCCGGUUGAUAAUUAGCCCGAAGGAGGUGCAUGCUUCAAUUACAUUUGGUUAAAACUGAUAUAACAGGAUCAAUAUGGGAUAAACAAAGUUGAAGAGAAUAAAUAGUGACUUUGGUGCGAGGUUCUUAUACUGCAUACCAUGCUUAAGGUCCCAGAUCAUCAGGUUGCAGGCCACCAGGCCUGUGAUGGAAUGAUUGGUCCUUUGGUAGAUGAUUCAGGGCACUUCUACAAGCCUCUUCAAAGUGAUGAACGUGGGUCCGCAGAGGUGGCCUUUUAUACAUCGUUCUCUUCCAACAAUAAGAUUCCAAAUCACAUCCGUAAAUUCUUCCCUAUUUUUCAUGGCACUCAGCUUAUAGAAGCAUCUGAUGGGUCUGGCCUGCAUCCUCAUCUUGUGUUGCAAGAUGUUGUCUCAAGUUACCUCAAUCCAUCUAUCAUGGACAUCAAGAUUGGAUCCAGAACAUGGUAUCCCGAAGCAUCAGAUGAAUAUAUCCAGAAGUGCUUUAAGAAAGACAGAGAAUCAACCAGCCUUGCACUCGGGUUUAGGAUAUCUGGAUUGCAGGUACAUGGGAACAAAGAAUCUGGGUUCUGGAAGCCUGAUAAGAAGCUUAUCCAGAACUUUACUGCCAAGGAUGUCAGGUUAGUUUUGAGGAAGUUUGUUUCUUCUAACACAUCUGCAGAUUCAGGUAUGGACCCUGAUUGUUCUUUUGCAUCAACUGUUUAUGGUGGUUCUGCUGGAAUUUUGGCACAAUUGUUGGAGCUCAAAAAAUGGUUUGAGGAUCAAACCAUUUUCCGUUUCUAUUCUUGUUCAGUUCUUUUGGUCUAUGAUAAGGAAUCAGUGUCUAAAGGAAGGAGUUCCCGUGUUGAAGUUAAACUUGUUGAUUUUGCUCAUGUCGUGGAAGGCAAGGGCAUUAUUGAUCAUAACUUCUUGGGUGGGCUCUGCUCUUUUAUUAAGUUUAUCUCAGAGAUCUGACCUGCUCGGAUGAGGAUACAACCAAAGCUUCUUGGCCAGACCCUAAGAACUGUAUUUGUACCGGUUGUGACAUUCAGAAAUGAACAGGAUGUCCCGAUAUAGGCUUUCUCACGUCACUGUGUAGUCCCUGGCUCAUCUCUGUGGCUCCAUUGUGGGAUUCCGAAAUCAAAGUACUGUUUAGGCUUGUAUUACUUUCUACUUUAUUGGGCCUUAUAUUUUUACCGGUUGUGACAUUCAGAAAUGAACAGGAUGUCCCGAUAUAGGCUUUCUCACGUCACUGUGUAGUCCGCGGCUCAUCUCUGUGGCUCCAUUGUGGGAUUAUGAAAUCUAAGUACUGUUUAGGCUUGUAUUACUUUCUACUUUAUUGGGCCUUAUAUUUUUAUUAACAUUGAUGAGGCUGUUUCAAUGGAUUGAUCUUAAAAUGUUUUCCCCGCAAUGCUAUUACCAGUCUUAUUCCCCCUA